GAGUUGGCGGCAAAGGGGCGGAAGCAAAGAAAGCAGGCAGCGGCGAGCCCGCCAAAAGUGGGCCUUGGCUGGGCAACGAUCCGGUUUGAUGGAGUCAAAGUCCGUUCAAGCAAGUCCUCGGAUGGCACAGUGGUGCGCACCUUGAACGAGGGCCACAGGGUCCUUGUGGCCGAAGUCUGCACCAAAUCCGUUCGAAUCGAGAUCCCCAACUGCGGCUGGAUCAAGCUUCAGAAGCACAGUGAGCCGGUGCUGCACCAGGAGGCGUAUGAAGUACGCCAGCCAGGUGAGGCAUCUGCCACUACACAACUCGUCACCAGCGUCCUAGAGCGACUGGGAGCUGGAAGGGAGAAACCAGCGGAGGAGACGCAGCAGCAAGAUCACGAGAACCUGCAGGGAGACACCGAGCAGGGGCAACAA